AAGGGUGUUUCAUCUAUAAUAAUAUACGUUGUAAUCUCACAUAGUUUAGUGAAAAUAACUUUAUUUUUAAGUUUAUCAAAUUAAUUUUGUGCGUGGCUAUAAAAUAAACAAUUCAAUUCAGUUUAAUAGAAAAAUGCAUGGUUAACAUUGCUUGUAACGUCACAAAAUAAAAAAAAAAUCGUCGAUUUUUAAUCCACAUGAUGAUUCUUGAAUUUUUCCAAUUAAGUUAAUAAAAUAGUAUUAAAAAUAAUAUCAAACAUUUCCAGCAAGUUCCUAUGUGGGCUCCUGAAUUAGUGGCAGCUGAACAUAACGCUAAAGAAUCUGCAUCGGUUUUAUUAUAUGUCGUUGAUAGUCAAACGAGAAGUGUUUCCGGAAUGAUUGAGGUGGCGUAUUUAGUGGCAUCUGGAAGAUGUGUUGUACUAGUCGCUUACCCGUAUAGUUUAGGACAAACGAUUAUGGGGGAAAUUAUUACGAAAAGGGAAUGUUUCGAUUUAGUAAGUGGCCAAACCACUUUACUGACGUUAGUAAAAAGUCACGGAAUUAAAGUACACGAUAAUUUAAAAUCGGCAAUUCAAUGUACGACGCGAAUCUUAAGAAAUCCUAGUAUGAAUCGAUUAACGGCCGAAGAACAAAUCACAUUUAAACUAAGAAAACUUCGGGAGACUUUCGAUCGCUACGAUAAGGAUCAAACGGGGGAGAUUUCAUUGAUAGACGUUGUUGAUGCUUAUACAAAACUGACGAAUCAUAACAUCGAGCCUAUUCGCGUUCACAAUUAUUUAAAUUACAACAGAAAAUCUCCGGCGGAAGAUGCAAAUUCAACGGCGGGGUUUACGUUUCAACACUUUUGUGCGUUGGUUGCCGAAUUUAGCGUUGACGGAUGCGAUGAUUUUAACAACGCUUGGGUAAGUCAACCUUUACAAUCAUCACGAUAUCAACCUGACAACAGUUUAAUAACAAACAGAAAUGUGAUCACAAAUCCUCGGGAAAUCCACGAUAUCUUCCUCGGUGGUUCUUGUCACACGAGCAGCCGUCGGUGGAGGUUACAAGCGGAACAUCUCAUCUCAAAACACGGAUUGUCUUAUUAUAACCCAACAACUUGUUCAACAUCGUUAUCAAACUAUCAAAAUUUCACGAACGGAAACGUUCUCCGCUCAACAUCGUUAUAUUUCGUUUCAAACAAUUCGUUUUACGACGAUGAACCGUUGGAUGAUAGCACCGUUUUGCAAUGGAGGAAGGCGAUCGAUCGGAGUCGUGUUUUAUUGUUUGUCGUUUCGAAUGAAACGAGAUGUUUAACGACGAUGAUAAUGGCCGCUUAUUAUAUUGGUUUGAAUCGAAAAGUAGUUUUGUGUGUGCAACAUUUAGGUGAGGAUGAUAUUGAGGUGGGUAAUGAAAAGUUAAGUAAACAAGCUGUUAAGGAUUAUAAUAGGGGUAGGGUGUAUUUGACGGAUUUAGCAAAACGGAAACAAGUUCCAGUAUUUGAGAAUGUUACGAUGGCUGUCCAAUGCGCUGUAGAUGAAUGUCAAAGGUCAAGGUAGGGGUUUAAACGAAAUUUGGUUGU